GCUUCUUCCUCGCUCUUUCUCAGUUUCUCCACCACCAUCGCCAAUCCCACACGCAUCCGGAACCAAAAGCGAGCACUCAAAGGGACCAAUCAACCCCAAGCAAUCUCUCCCCAUUCCGCCUCGCCGGAGCGCGCUGCCAUGACUAUCAAGACGCUCAAGGCUCGGAUCCUGCGCGUCCUCAGAUCGUCCCUCCCCGCCCCCGCCGCCUCGGCAUCCCCGCCGCCGUCGCCGACCAAACCCGACCGUUUCGUGGUCCUCGCCGCCGACGCGCUCUCCGACGACGCCUCCUUCUUCGACGCCCACGAGACCCCCACCAAGAUUAACCUCCCUGCCAGGCCCAUCGACGACGACUGGGAGCUCGUCGACCAGCAGGACGGCGACGACCAAGACUCCCUCGCCUCGGCGCCGGCGUGGGCGCCCGAUCUCGACGACCUCCUCCGGAAGUUCCCGGCCAGGUGCCCGCCCGGCGGCGAGGAGUCCGUGGUGCUCUACACCACCACGCUCCGGGGCAUCCGCAAGACGUUCGAGGACUGCAACGAGGUGCGCGCGCUGCUGGAGAACCUCGCCGCGUCCUUCCAGGAGCGGGACGUGUCCAUGGACAGGGGCCUCCGGGAGCAGCUCUGGGCCGCCACCGGCGACAAGGCCGUGCCCCCGCGGCUCUUCGUCCACGGCCGCGACAUCGGCGGCGCCGCCCAGGUGCUCGCGCUCCACGAGGACGGCCGCCUGAUGUCCCUCCUCCAGCUGUCGUCGCAGGCGACGGCGGCGAGCGGCAACACCAAGAAGGGGAAGUGCGCGGCGUGCGGGGGGCUGAGGUUCGUGGUGUGCGGCGAGUGCGACGGCAGCCGGAAGGUGUUCGACGGCGAGCACGGCGGUGUCCGGUGCGGCGGAUGCAACGAGAACGGCCUCGUCAUGUGCACGCGUUGCUCGUACCCGAGCUGAAAGUCAAGCAAAUUAACUAUCACGGAGCAGCGGUUAAUUGCCACUUACCUGCUCUGCUUUCUUACUUAAUUACCGACACGGUACCACUUUGGGGGUUGAGUGUGCAAUUUGAUUUAGUGGUUGGCCUGUCAUGUACAUAUAUUAUGCCAGCUGUAUGUUUUAUCUUUGUUUUAUGGUUGUGUUCAA